UUACCACCUUUGAUGUUACCUUGAUCAAAUUUUUUCAAGAACAAACAAGAGUUCCUCGUAUACGAAAAAGCAUCAAUGCACCGGAUUGGGCAAGAGAAUACUAUAACGAUUCUUUAGCUAGUUUAGUUGAUGAGGAUUCAAUUAACAACAUCUGA